AUGUCAAGGUGCCACGGAUGCACACCCGUAGCCAAGCUGAUCCAUGUUGGUGUGGGACAAUUACACGGACUUAAAAAGUCCGCAACCGGCCCAGAUCAAAAAGGGUACAUCUCUCGUCAAUCUAAUGCCCAAAAAGACAACCACUUCAUUGGUCUUAAUGUCAGUCUUUCCGUGGGUUAUUGGGCUCGAGCUGAUCGAUUGGAAAAGCAUGAUCGUGAGGUCAUUGGCGAAACCGAGCAAGCCAAACCCUAUCUGAUGGGAAACAUUGUUGGUAAUUAG